AGUCUGUGCCUGCUGGGGUCCUGCCUCCGGAGCCCGUGCGGGGAUGUCUCGGAGACCCCGCGCUGACUGCUGCUCAAACAUCACGUUGACAUGGAUGAUGAAGAUGGCCGAUGCUUGCUAGAUGUAAUUUGUGAUCCUCAGGCCUUGAACGAUUUUUUACAUGGAUCUGAAAAGAUUGACAGUGAUGAUCUCUUGGACAACACAGGAGAUGCAGCCAGUGCCUUCUUUGAGGGCGCUGGGCUGCACGUGCAGGAAACCUCCGGCAAUCAUUUGAACCCUGAACAGAGCCAGCCCACGACCAGUGUGGACUUAGACUUCUUGGAAGAUGACAUCCUGGGCUCACCUUCCGGGAGCGGGGCCAACCUGCAGAACUCCGACCAGCCCUGUGACAUCCUCCAGCAGAGCCUGCAGGAAGCAAACAUCACUGAGCAGACGCUUGAGGCAGAGGCAGAGCUGGACUUGGGGUCUUUCCAGCUCCCUACGCUCCAACCAGUGGUCCACACUGCCUCCGAUGGGACUCCACAGAUUUUUUCCAGUGGGGCUGACCUUAUUGGGCUGCAGCAGCCUGCAGUCCUCACCCAUCAAGCACUGGUGCAGCAGUCGGUCGGGGCUGACGUUGUCAACAAGGCCAUCAGUGUGCAGCCUUUCCUCCAGCAAGUUGGCUUAGGGAAUGUCACCAUACAGCCAAUUUCCAACCUUCAAGGGUUGCCCAACGGGAGCCCCAGUGGGGCGCUGGGCAUUGGGCAGAUCCAAGUGGUUGGCCAGCAAGUGAUGGCGAUUAACCAGCCCACUCAGCAGAUCAUUGCUAAGCAAGUUCAGCCUUCCCAAGUGACCACCAUGCCUGUCGGUAGUUAUAUCACUCAGACAGCACCAGAGCAACAGCAGGUCACCCUUGCCUCUGCUGGGGUGUCUUCCCAGAAUGCAGGCCUUGUCAUCCAGAAGAACCUCCCUGCAGUGGCCACGACAACACUGAAUGGAAGCUCCAUGUUUGGGAGUGUGUCUGCCACACAGGGCUCCCAGCCUCUCACGGUCACAUCAAAUUUGAGCAGCCCGCUGGUGCAGGCCCAAAAUGUGAUCAUUCACCGGACACCCACACCAAUUCAACCCAAACCAGCAGGAGUCCUCCAGCAGAAGUUGUAUCAGAUCACCCCCAAACCAUUUGGCCCCAACAACACUACCCUCACCAUCCAGAACGAGGCUGCCCUCCAACAACAAAAAGCCCAGCAGAAUUUAACCUUCAUGGCAGGCAAGGCAGGGCAAAAUGUGGUGCUUUCUGGCUUCCCGCCAGGGCUGCCUGCCAACAUGUUCAAGCAGCCCCCACCACAGCAGCAGGCCCUCAGCAAGGCCAUGAGCGUCCACUUGCUGAAUCAAGGCAGCAGCAUUGUUAUCCCAGCACAGCAUGUCCCUCAGGCCAUGCUGCAGGGUCAAAACCAAUUCCUUCUCCCAGGACAGCUCACAGGCACGUCUGCAGUUCAGAUCCCCCAGCAGCUGUCAGCCUUGCAGGCUAACAUGGGUGGCCAGAUCUUAACCACCUCGCAUCCUAGCGGGCAAACGCAUAUCAUCACCAGCCAAGGGCCUGGCGGGCAGCUAAUAACGAAUCAAGCGCUGCCUGCACAGAUCCUUACCAAUCAGAACCUGGCAAGCCAGCUGAACUUGGGGCAGGUACUGACAUCACAGAAUGCACAUGGCACUGCCCACAUUCUUUCUGCUCCUAUCCAGCUGCAGCCUGGGCAGGUUGGCCAGCCGACUCUCUUCCAGAUGCCCGUCUCUCUAGCUGGUAGCCUGACAACUCAGAGCCAGCCCACUGUUGCAGCCUCGCUGGCCAGCAGUGCCAUCAGUCAAACUGGCCAGACUGUUAUCCAAGGAGUCACCCUGCCUAACCAAGUGGCUAUGUUAAAUGCCACUGAGAAUCUCAACCAAACUGUGACCAUCCAAGCACCUCCUAGUGCCAGCAGCCAGAGUCCGGGUCUCAUUCAGCCACAGCCAACCUCCAGCACCAACCUGCUGCCAAGCAGUGACCAGGCCAACCUAUUAACCGUCCAGUCCACCUCCCAGGCUUCUGCUCCUUCCCAGCUUCAGCUGAAUGUACAGCAACAAACUCCACCACCUCCGCAGCCAGCGCAACUACCCAUGACUUCCCAGCCCAGUCCUAACUUGGUGGCAUCUAGUCCUGAAAAGAUCAUCUUGGGCCAGGCAGCUGCUGGAACUGUCAUCUCGCAAGAUUCCAUGCAGAUGUUCCUACAGCAGAAGGAUCGGAGCCAGCAGCAGCAGCAGCAGCAGCAAUUUUAUUCGCCAGCCCUGAAAAUGCAGCAGGAGAGCACUAUGAACGAAUCCACAGUACCUCCCCACCUGCCAAUGCCUCUGCCCAUCUACAGCAUAGCCACCACCGCACUCAGCACCACAAGCAGUGUCCCAGCCUCGGUGAUAGUCAGCAGCAGCGUAGGCGCAGCGCUGCAGCCGCCUGCCAGCCGAGAGCUGAGCCAGAACCACAACCUGCCACCGGUGGAGUCCAAAGUACCUCAGUUCUCGGCCGGCCCUCCCCAGCAGGCAAUGGCUUGCCAGUUACCUUCGGGACAGCAGAAACUUCCUGGAGCCUCCCCGUCCCACUCACUACCUCAUCCUUCCAUGGGGGAGAGCCCCCAGCUCCAGCCCACACACCUUUCACAGAUGCAGUCUCCGCACCAGUCCCGGCCUCCAUCGCAGCCUCAGCCUCUUUCCCGGCCUCCCUCCCGGCCUCACUCAAGGCCUCCUUCCCAACCACAGACCUUGUCCAGGCCUCCUUCUGAGCCCCUGUCACGGUCCUGCACCCCGCAGACUCAGAUGCAGAACUUGUACGUGAUCCAGAAUCAAAUAGCUUCUUCCCCUCAUGGCCCCAACCAGCAUCCCCUGCGACCCCCCUCACAACCUCAGGUACCAUUCCAAGCCCCACAGGCCCAGCCCGAGGGGCAGCCCCAGCUGGCAACCCCUCCACACCUGCAGCUCCAGGUUCAGCUUGCUCCUCAGCUCCAGCCACAAGCCGAGGCCCAGGUGCAGGCCCGGCUACAACCCCAGAUUCAAGCUCCCUCGGAGGUACAGCACACGCAUUCCCCCCAUUUCCAGCUCCAGUUUUCUGCCCAGGGCCCCAUCAAGCCUCCCACGCCAACCCAGACGCUUCAUCUAACGCCAGAACAGCAGAGGAGUUUUCAGAUGGUUCCGAAUCAGUUCCAGGCUCUCUCGACUAUUCCAGCUCCCAUACCUCAGCAGAAGCAGCUCAUGGACCGGUUUCAACAGGUGCCCCAGGGGAUUAUCCUGCAAACGAAGCAGCCAACUUCCACUAGCCAAGCCCCUCCCGUGCUGAGCCAGUUCAGCAGUCAACCAUCCUCAGUCCUGGUUAGCAGCCAAGGUCAGCAGGUCACAGUGACGACAGCUCAAGCACCACCAGUUCAUGGCCAUGCGCCCGUGCCUGCCGCAGUUCAGCCUUCUAAUACAGGCUCAAGCAAGGCAGCUGCUGUGCUUGAAAAGGGGCAAGUACAGAGAGGAGGAGGAGGAGGAGGAGGGCAGCCUGCACAGCCUUCGUCACACCUCCAGCAGCAAACACCUGUGUUGGUCAAAUCAGCAUCAAUAUCUAUUGCUGCUGCAGCUCCUACAGAGAGCAAAACGUUUUCUAGCAGCUCCACUACCAUUUCUGGAGGGAAAGCAAACACCGGGCAAGGAAAACCUGCAGCUCCUCUUGCCAUACAGCAGCCAGUUCAGACUAAGCCUGGAGUCAUUAGCUCUGUGUCAGGUCUGAAUCUUGGGAAAGGUCCGUUGCAGCUCCAGGUAGUUGGAAAGGGCUUGCCACAACUCAUGCCUUCAACACCUGCCCAAAUACAGCAGCAGUAUGACAGCAAGCUCGCAAGCCUGAAGAAGCCACCUCCAAUGCUGCAGCCUAGCAAGGAAGCUUGUUUCUUAGAACAGCUUCAUAAGCACCAGGGAGCAGUGCUGCAUCCUGAUUACAAAACCUCCUUUCGGUCAUUUGAAGAUGCCUUACAGAGGCUCCUACCGUACCACGUCUACCAGGGAACGUUACCUUCUCCCCAUGACUAUCGGAAAGAUGAAGAGUUUGAAAUGGUGUCUACACAAUUGUUGAAACGCACACAAGCCAUGCUGAACAAGUAUCGCCUGCUGCUCUUGGAGGAAUCCCGGAGAGUCAGUCCUUCAGCAGAAAUGGUGAUGAUCGAUCGGAUGUUCAUACAGGAAGAAAAGACCACCUUAACUCUUGAUAAACAGCUAGCAAAGGAGAAGCCAGAUGAGUACGUCUCCUCAUCUUCACGGUCACAAAGUUUUGCUUCUUCUUUGGCUCAGGGCUCUCUGCCCAGCAGCGCCGCUUUGGCUUCUGAGAACCUGAAGGCCCCUCCAGUGCAGAUGGCAACCCAGAUCAACCCCACAAAACUAGUCAUCAAGCACAGCGGAGGCUCUCCCUCUGUCACGUGGGCCAAGGCCUCUCCCUCGUUGGAUGGCGAUGACGACGCGAUGCCCUCCAGGAGUAAGCCACCCAUCAAAACUUACGAAGCCCGGAGCCGGAUUGGACUGAAGCUGAAGAUCAAACAGGAGGCGGGGCUUAGCAAAGUAGUUCACAACACUGCCUUGGACCCGGUUCACCAGACACCGCCACCGCCGCCCGUGUGCACAGUGAUCAAAACUGCUGACCAGCACGCAUCAGCUUCGGCCGCUGCCACCACCACCACCACCGCUGCCACCACCUCCUCGAUGGCAGGGCAGAUGAAUGGGACAGUUGACCAUAUCGCUGCAGCUCCACUGGAGAAAAAGCCCACGGUGACCUACUGUAGGCUUCCUCUCCGCAAGACUUACCGGGAAAACGUGGACGCUUUUGUAGCAGAUAAAGCCCCUGACGCCUGCCUGAAAGGGAGCGCUCUGAAAGCCGAUGUGGUGCCAAGCACCCUCAUCAUCAAGCAGGAUGGCGGGUCCCGGAGUGUCAUCACCUCCCACAAAACUCACGAGAGCCCCUCGGUGGCUGUGGCAGAGAAGGGCAGGUCAGAAGAGAACACCAAGCAUACCUUUUUCAACCGGAGCGAUGCCCGUUCCCUAGUGAUGCAAGAAAGCCCUGCCCCUCCUAAGACCGACGAUUCAACCAGUGGCCUUAUGAAGGAAUUAGCAGAGGUUGAGGAUGAGUUUUAUCACCGGAUGAUAAAGACGGAGCCACCUGACCACGGAUCUGCCUCUGAACUCGCUUGGGAGGUAGCCCUGCCCCCAGCCAAACGCAGAAAGUCUGAAUCUUUUGACGUGGACAAUGCCAGCUUCUCAAGUGAUAGCCCCCCUGAUGACUCACUUAAUGAGCAUCUACAGAGUGCCAUUGACAGCAUCCUGAAUUUGCAGCAACCUCAGGCUGGGGGCCAGAACACCCGAACACCCUCCUCUUCCUACAACUCUUCCUCCUCCCCUUUCUCCUCCCCUGUUCACCGCACGGACACGUAUCUUGCCCCCAAUCACAAUGGCGGCCUUGGAGCAAGGACGUUGAACAGAUAACAGAAACCUAAAGCAAGUGGAGACUGUACAAAGAGAGCCAAGGACUGAAGCUGCAGCAGCUUCUGCUGGCUGGGAAACGGUUGGAAGCCAAGGUGCCACUUCCCAGGGACCCGAUAGAAUGGAGCUGAUACCAGAAAGUGGGGGGGGGGAGAGUGGGGGCCUGGCAUGGGGAGGGCCACGAGAAUGUCCUACAGAGGCUUCAUCCAUCCAAGUGUUUAUAUGAUGGGCUUUGGUUGUUGUAAAGUACAAGCUAUGGCUGGAUUUACAAUACACUCAUCUCCUCACAUGCACCAUUAAAAAGAAAGUUCAGCAAAUGCCAGGCAGGCAAGUGGGAGGGGGUUGGAUUUGGGGCCCAUAGGUAGUGUUGGCUGUGUAAUAUUUAGAUUCUGUAACAAGUGGCUAAUUUGAAUCUCUGAAUGAUGAUAAUUGGGUUUUAUUUUCCCCCCUCUCCCCAAACUCCACUACUAUAUGUAGGACAUUUUAACAAAUCCCAAGUUAGAAGCCAGCAGGGAGGCCAAAGGAAUGGGGCAGGGGGACAGCUCCACCGGAGUUGCCAGGAGGGGCAAUUAUGUAAUUGAUUCUGUCAGGUUUAUUAAGUUAUUUUAAGUAUGUACUGUUUUUUUUAUUUUUUAUUUUUAUUUUGUUUGUUUUUUACAAAAAAAGAAGAUUUUGAACAAAAUGGGAAAAAGAAAGGAGAAAAAUACAAACACUAAUGCGUAAAAACAUAUAAGCAUGGAUGAGUUUACAAAUAAAGAGGAAACCGCUCCCUUUUCGGACAUAGAUGGGUGUGGUUAACACAGCCAUGGUGACUGAAACAAGGAAAGUUCUGGCAAGAGGGUGUACACUUCUCUAUCCCCCCUUCCCCCCCCACCCCUUGAAACAAAACAACAAGAAGUCAGGCUGAGCUGAUGACAACAGUGU